CUGUUUUUUUUAUCUGUGUCCGUAAGAGCACAGUGACAGAAACCGCCACUGAUUAAGACCGGUGUAGGUUUUUCACAGCUGUUUGUCCAGAGAGAUCUGAGGACCACGGUGGAAGAUGUUGAGGCGAAGGCCUUCGAAUGCCUCAGAGAAGGAGCAGGUGCAGAAGAAGAAGCUCACCCUGCAGAGGUCCAGCAGCUUUAAGGAUUUUAUGAAGCACAAACCCACCUCUCCUGUUGCGUCAGAAAAGGAGUUCACAUUGGAGGAGGGUGUGGCAGAGAAUGUAACAGCAGAGGAAGCCGUGAAAAGUGGCAGCAAACUGGGCAAGAAAUGGCGCAACGUCAUCUCACGUACCAUGACCCGCAAAACAUCCAAGAUGGUGCAGAAGGCUCUGGCUGAGGAGGGGGGAGAGAGCGGUGAGGAGCUGUCUCCUGUCUCUGCCGAUUGGCUUCCAGAUCUGAGUGCAGGACAGAGGACAUCCGUGUGCUCCACGGGGUCAGAGGACACCAUGCCCAGCCCCAUCAGCCGCCAGCUCUCAGGCAGUAGUGACAGACAGAGCCUGGACAGUGGAUACUGCCAGAGAGACAGCAUGAGACUGGAGGAGAACGGCGUCCCUUACAACGGACCAUUCUGUGGUCGCGCUGUGGUCCACACUGACUUCACUCCCAGCCCCUAUGAUGUGGAGUCACUGAAACUCCAGAAAGGAGACAUUAUCUACAUCAUUGAGAAGCCCCCUGUUGGGACCUGGACAGGAAAGCUCAACAACAAAGUCGGCUCCUUCAAGUUCAUCUACGUCAACCUCUUGCCUGAUGAGACCCCCCCGGCCAGGAGGAGACGCUGCAACAGCAAGACCCACCGAGCCAAAUCCAAACCCAAAACCCUGGAGGAGGUGCUGGACAGUAUCGGCCUGAUGGAGCUGGGCUCUCUGCUGUCCAUGCAAGGUUUCCAAAGCCUAGAGGACUUUGCAGGACUGAAGGAGUCUCACCUCAACGAGCUGAACAUCACCGAUCCAGAGCAGCGCUCCAAGAUCCUGAACGCCACCGAACUGCUCAGAGACUCUGAUGAGGAGUCAGAGCCAGAGGAGGAGGACAGAUCUGGGGAGAACGCCAAGGAGCCGAGGGAUUCAGGGUGUUUUGAGAGCUCGGAGAACCUGGAGAACGGACGUGAAGAGCCAAAGGCGAAGGAGAAGCUAAAAGAUGAAGCAUUGGAGGAGCAAACGACAAACGAAGAAGCAGAGAAACAUGAGCAGGGUUCAGAAGAAAAGGAGAACCAGACAGAGCAGCUGGAGGCUGUUCAGGAGCAGCUGCAGGAGCUGACGGUGGACGAAGGAUGUUGAGAAAGUGAUGGAAAAAUACUCAAACUUCUUUUAUUCCUGGUUCUCAGGGACUCUUUGGACAGAGAUUUAAUUCAUUAACAAACCUCGUCAGUGUAAGAGAGUGGACUGGUGAUAGGAACAGAUUGUAAGGCUGAAAUACUGUAUGAAUAUGGUCUCUGUUUUCCUCAGUUUGUGGUACUGUUAAGCAAACAGCACAAUUUCUCUGUAUCUGUCACUGCUGGCCGCCCUGUUUUGAAUGACCAUGUUUUUAUAUCGUAUGAAUUAUCUUGUUUGUUGUUGUUGUUUUUUCCUCAUGUAUGGUCUCUGUUUUUUAAUGUUACAAAUUAAGCAUUUAAACAUUUUCCCUCUCUUCGUUAUGUCGUCAUCUAACGUUCUCACUCACAUGCAAAAUAUGAAUGUAAAAUAUUUUCUGAUGUUUUCAUGCCUGACUUUUAACUUGAAAGUUGUUACUGCUAUCAGUUUGGGUUUUAAUCAUGUUUUAAGAUACAUUACACUGAUUUCUGUGACAUGUUAUCAUGAGAAUUUUGUGAAGAUGCUGUAAAUAGAAUUAAAAUAAAAGAAAAUUCAGUGAUA